GUAUUCACAGAAAUCAAGAAUUUGACAAUGUCGAAUGAAGAACAAUUUUCCGUGUAUUCCGUUCAACAGUUGCAGAGAUUUCGGAGUGUAAAUAUGAACUCGAAGUGAAUUUACGUCCGUUAAUAACUCUUGAAUUGUUGUGCUAACACGCAGAAUUCGGGGGGUUAGGCAUAAUGGACAAUUAUGAAGGAAUAACAUUGAACAACACUAUCGACGAUAAUGAUAUGGUGAACGCAACUCUUCCACCCGAAAUGGUGUUCACCGGCCAGUCCUUGACUGUCGUAAUCGUCUACUGCUUGUGCUUUUUGGUUUCCGCAAUCGGUAAUCUCACCGUCUUCGUCACACUUUCACGCGGUAGAUAUAGAAAAUCGAGGAUAUCCUUGAUGAUUUGUCACUUGUCGGCGGCAGAUCUCCUCGUGACAUUCGUCAUGAUACCGGUCGAGGUAGGUUGGCGACUAACAGUCCAGUGGAUCGCUGGGAAUGUCGCUUGUAAAGCUUUUGCAUUUUUACGAGCUUUCGGCCUUUACCUAUCGAGUAACAUACUCGUUUGUGUCUCCCUCGACAGGUAUUUUGCCGUUCUCCAUCCACUCAGAGUCAACGACGCUCGACGUCGUGGAAAAAUAAUGUUAAUACUUGCAUGGAUCUGCAGCACCGCUUACGCAGUGCCUCAGUGUUUCAUAUUUCACGUUUUGCCACAUCCAAAAUAUCCGGACUACAAGCAGUGUGUCACUUUCGAUUCGGGGGUCGACGAGGCUUCCUACAUGAUAUUUUGUGUUCUCGUAAUGUACUUCGUACCACUUGUUAUAAUGUGCUGGGCAUACACAAAAAUUUUAUGCGAAAUACACAGCCGGAGCCGAGAAACCAGCGACCAGAUCAUUACGAGAUCGGGAAGCAAUGGAACUCUGCGGAGUAGCGCCACGAGCUCCGGAGGCAGCAGAAUGAGACUGAGGAGGUCAGACAUGAGCAGCAUCGAGAGAGCAAGAAGUCGCACUCUCAGAAUGACGAUAACUAUCGUCGCUGUUUUCAUUAUAUGUUGGACGCCUUACGUAGCGAUGCUUUUGUGGUAUAUGAUGGAUCGUGACAGUGCCGAAAAAGUCGAUCAGAGAUUGCAGGAUGCACUUUUCAUCAUGGCGGUUGGCAAUUCCUGUGCAAAUCCUCUUGUUUAUGGAAGCUACGCUGUAAAUCUUCGGGAAGAGUGCUGCCGAUGUUUUUUACCUUACAACAACAACCCUGAUCGAUCUCAAACCGAGGUCAGGCUCGUCAAACGAAAUACUGGAUCACAUGGACGCUCGAAAAGCAUCGAGAACUCAACGAUCGUUCCGCCACCAAGUAUUUCAAGUACCAUCAGGCCAUCGGAUUCAUCAUCAAUAAAUUCACCGAAAUUUUCAAAAAUCGGAAUGAACUCCAAGGAGACUAAAAAAGUACAGACAAUAACAAAUCAAAGUUUCCUUCGGUCGAACGCCGCGUCGUUCUCCAUCGUUCGAUAAAAGAAGUCAAAGUCUCGCCGAGGUGGAGAGGAAUCUUCGCAAUCUUUCGAUAAACAAACAUUUUUCUAUAGCGACCUCCUCUUUUUUGGGUGCAAAACAAAAGCAUUCUCUCGACAUCUCUACCAACGAGGGAACCCUCCAUAUUUUUCCAUUCCGUGGUCGUCAGGCAGGAAUCACCGAGUGAAAGCAGAUCGCUCGUAAUCGCGAGUGUGUGCUCAACACUUAACGCAUUAACCCUUGCCCGAGUUCUUACUAUUUCUUACAUUUUAUUGGCACUACGUUUUUCGUCAUUUCGUCUUGAGACAACGGCGGGUCAAUUUCCAUCCUGUUCGUCUCGUUGAAUUUCGCAAAUGAUUUUUUCAUGUUUUCCAAAAUCAAGAUUUCUGACUUUCCGCAAUUGAAUCACCAGCAUAAAUAACGAAUCGAAUGUUUAUUCGUUUCUCGAACUGCGUUGAAAUAUAAUGAGACGAAAAAAAGAAGAAAAAUUCAAAGAUAAGAAAAACAAAAUGGAAAUCAAGAAAAUCAAGAAAACAAAAAUCUGCUUGCGAAAUUCUUGUCUCAGUAUUCAUUCGAUAAUUCAGUAAUAAUUGUAAAUCAAAUACAUCGAAGAAAACUGUAAUUCCAUGUAACUCAUUGUACAUGUGACGUCGGCGUUAAUCUGUUCUCACGAAAGUAAGAUCGUAUCAGCCAUCCGGAUUCAAAUAUUUAUUAAUAAAUAAUUGAAUCGAGGAGCACUAUUUUCUUGACAAUUGUAAAUAAUCUAUUCUAAUCUGCGUGUAACAAUUCGAUAUUAUUUUAUAAUCGUAUCAGCGCUAAAACUGGCAUAAAUCACAAUAAAGACGAAAUUAGAUUGUGGCAAUGUCGAAGAAAUUCGAUAGCAUGAAUAAGCGAGUGGUUGAACGAAAAACAAAACUUACGAACAUGCGAGAGUGUCAGGCUGCUGCUUUUUUUUGUACCGCAACUGUGAAUAGUCGAAAAGAAAGCGAUUCUGAAAUAAUAAUAAUAAUAAUAAUAAUAACGUUAACAACAAUGAGAAUAAAAAAAAAAAUCAUGAAACAAAGCAUCUUUGCUUUGUCAUUCCGUAGUGACUUUACACAAAUUGAUGGACAGUUCUUCAGGAAUAGUAAGUAUCAACGAGAUUACACUUGGCAUAAUCGUCGCGUUAAUAACUCCUUUUGACCACCAAAUCCAACGGCUUCGACUCUCACUUUCUCCGCAAGGUGAGAGAGAAUAAACAUUCUCCGUUAUACGUUCCAACGUCACUGAUAUCAGACUAUAUGGAAAGGUUCCGAUUCAACCGACCGGUUUUCUUCAUAGAAAGUCAACGUCCAAUAUUCGUCUUUUUUGUCCGGCGCUUUUUUCACUAGACUCUCAAUAAUAUCCAAAAUAAAAAUUCGUCUGGAAAAUAAGCAGCGAAUGAGUUUUUGAAAAACAAAAAAUAUGAUCGUAAAACCGAACUCGUCGACGGUCUGAAACAAAAAAUUAUAUUGGACUUUUUUACUAAUUUUUUUUUACUAAUCACGUAAGUGAAAUCGUUAUUUUGUCGAAUCUUUCGAAUUUUCUCUCGCAAAUGUUUCUUUUUCAAUCACACAAAUAAAGCAAACUUUUCAAAAA